AUGUCUGUGCAUUAUAAGUUUAAAAGUGCAUUGGAUUACGAUACAGUAACCUUUGAUGGCUUACAUAUAUCAGUGGGAGAUUUAAAAGCAGCUAUUUCCCAGCAAAAGCGUAUUGGAAAAACAUCAGACUUUGACCUACAAAUAACAAAUGCACAGACUAAAGAAGUGUAUGUGGAUGAUCUCACUUUGAUUCCCAAGAAUACAUCCUUACUAGUAGCUAGAGUUCCUUUAGCUCAGCAGCCUAAGAAACAAUGGGAUAAUAAAGAUACACAAGGAGCACCUGUUAAAGAUGUGUCUGUUAAUAAAGGAGUGGCUGAUCUGUCACGGAUGGAAGGUAGCGAGCAGGAUAAAAUUAAUGCUAUGAUAUCACAGUCUACUUUUGAUUAUGACCCAAGCAAUUAUCAGAAAAUUCGUGGUCAAAAUCAAAGAGGUGCUGUACCAAGUAACUAUGUCUGUUUUAAGUGCCAGAAUAGAGGACACUGGAUUAAAGAUUGUCCUGUAGCUAAUUCUGGUGACCCAAUAGAGAUAAGAAGGAGUUCGGGUAUACCUCGCAGUUUUAUGGUUCCUGUUGAUGGUCCCAAAGCCCCUGGAGCCAUGAUGACCCCAAGUGGAACUUUUGCAGUCCCUGCUGUGGACCAUGAAGCAUAUUUAGCAUCUGAAAGUGCAGUCGGUCCCGAGUCUUUACCCAAUGCACCAGCUGCCCCAGAACCCACUAUACCUGAUGAGUUAAUAUGCAGUCUAUGCAGGGACCUUCUCACUGAUGCUGUUAUGAUACCAUGUUGUGGAAACUCAUUUUGUGAUGAAUGUAUUCGAGGAGCAUUAUUGGAGUCUGAGGACCAUGAAUGUCCCGAUUGUCGUGAAAAGGAAAUAGCACCUACUACUUUGAUCCCUAAUAGGUUUCUAAGGAAUUCAGUAUCAUCUUUCCGCAACCAGACUGGUUAUAGUCGACGGGCACCUCAUCGUCCUUCAGCUGCCCCGGCUCCACCAAAUAUAGAACAACCAGUGCCCAACCCAGUCUCACCAAGUAGAGGAGUUGUGGCAAAUGAAGCGGUAGAGGAGAAAGCUGAAGAAAGGGCGAGGGCGCGGGGCGGUAGAGCGGACGAAUCGGACGGGUCCGCAGAUGACAACAUUACGGUCACCGUGCCGCCUGCGCAUGCGCAUAUAGCUCAGCAUACGGGUCCCGCGCAAGUGCCCCGCGGCCGAUAUGAUCACCAUGCGCCCCGCUACGGACCACCUAAAAAACCCAACAUGGAAGGUCCUCCAAAUAUGCCUCGAGGAGACGAACAAAGAGCAAGCACGCCAACGAUUGACGAGCGAAGAGAUUCUAAUAUUCCGCCACAGCGCGUGUACAAUCGGGGUCCUCCGCCAUAUCUACCGGGAAUGCCACCGCAUCAUUAUAAUGCGCCGGCUCCUUACGGAAGACCGAUGGGACGACCUUACAAUGACCGGUACCCAGCCCACGAUCCCUAUCAGCCCCCGCCGCCUGGAAUCAAGGAUUCGCCCAAUGGGCGCAGCGAGGAUCCGCUCGAGGCGUUCAAUCGAAUGAUCCGCGAGAAGGAGAUGCGGGCGAGGAGGAGGGAGGAGGAGCGGCGUCGGGUGAAAUCCGGAUCACGCAGUGUAUCGCGUUCCCGUUCGCCGCGCCCCCCACGUUUGUCCCGUUCGCCGCGGCCCCCUCGCGGCUCGCGUUCUCCCCGGCCCCCCCGUAGCUCGCGUUCUCCCCGGCCCCCUCGUAGCUCGCGUUCACCCAGACCCCUGCGCGGAUCUCGAUCGCCUCGCCCCCUACGCUCGCCGCGACCUCCUCGUGAUUCCCGCUCACCGCGAUCUCCCCGCGCUCGCCCCAGGAGUCGUGGCUCCAGUCGACUCCGAUAUUCUAGAUCGCGUUCGAUAUCUCGUGGCCGCUUACGUCGUUCGCCCUGGUCUCCAAGGAGAAGACGUUCUAGGGACAGAACUAUGUCUUUAUCACGGUCGCCGUCACCACGUCGCCGGAUCCGCUCACCGAUGCGCUACCGCUCGGCAAUGCGUUCACCGGGAGGCCGUUCCCCGAUGCGUUCCGUAGUCCGGACCCCGUUACGCUCUCCGCUGCGCUCUCCCCCACGCGCUGUGCUCCCGCACUCGCCUAUGCGUUCGCCGCAUCGCGGGCCACGCUCACCUCGGCCGCUGUCACCACAUAGAUUUACGGGAGUUUACGACGAAUUGUUGUCACCGCCGCGUCGUAGUGAGCCGUCCUUCGGUGGCAGAUAUGGGCCGAGGAACAAUGUUGGACCUGUAUACCCUCCUCCGGGAGCGAAACCAGUUGCACUUAUGGGUCUUAAUAUCCAACCAAUUCCUGAUGUUCUUCCACCGGGCUAUCGGGGUCGUUUCGACGAUAUUCCGCCUGGCGUAGAGCCGCCAGUACCUGGUUUCGAGCCACCACCUUUUGAUAAGCAGUUUGGUCCACCUAGUUCAAUAGAACGUGAUAGAUUACCGCCACCAAACUAUCGAGAUCCUUAUCGCCCGCCAGCAUAUACUGAUGGUUUCAGAGAUGGCCCUGUUCCGCCAAUUCAAAAUGAGAUGGCACCUCUUCAUGUAGACCGUUACAGAGAUAAUUACAGACCGGGACCGCCAUAUCGUGAUGGUGGAUCUAUACCGUAUAGAGACCAAGGUCCACCGGGUCCACGAGACGCGAGCUAUAGAGGUGGACCGCCGCAAUUUCGGGACAGUUCAUAUAGGGGUACGGCAUAUCGUGAUGGUAAUUAUAGAGAUAAUAUUUCCCAUAAUUUCCGUGAAGGUGGAGCACCGUUUAGACCUCCUAGCGCAGAUCCAAGAGAACAGAUAGCGCCAUUCCACGACCCCUCCCUUCGCGAAGGAUUAAGAGAUGAAAGUCGUGAUAACAGGCAAGGUUAUCGAUCUAGCAAUUCAUCGCGUAAUAGAGGAUCUAGGCGAAAUGGUCCUGAAAGAGAAAAAUCAAGGGAAAGGUAUCCUGAUGGUCGUGAAAACUCGGAUAGACUGGAUAGACCUCGUGGCAGUGAAAAAGUUUCACGAGAAGAUCGAGUACGAGAGCAUGACAGAAAUAGAGAUUAUGAUAAAGACCGAGGUCAUGAACGCGUUACACCAGACAGAAAAGGGCGAUCUCGCGAUGUACGUGAAAAGCGUCGAAGUGAAUCACGGGGAAAGUCACGUGAUCGUGAAAGUAGGAAAGAAAAGAAGGAAGAGAGAGCUCGUGAAAAAUCAUCAACUGAGCGGACUAAAGAUCACAAAGAGAAAGAUAAAAAAGUUAAAGAUCGCAAGAAAAAGAAACGUGAAAAAGAAAAGGAUAGAGAAACCGAAAAGAAGAAAAAGCGUGACAAAAAGGAAAGAAAAGAGAGUAAAAAAGAUGAAGACGAUGAAAAAGCUAAUAUUCUAGUAGAAACACUGCAGCCAAAAGUAGAAACAGAAGGAGAGAAAGAAACGAAUUCUACGGAUAUUAGAGAUAUAGGAGACUCAACUGUAAUAAAAGAAGAGGAAAGGACAACUGAACCUGAGGAUUUAAAAAAUGAUUUAUAUGGUGAUGAAGCAGCCGAAGCUGUCGAUAAAAUAAUUUUACAAAACUAUAUAAAAGCAGAAAGUGCCGAGGGUAAUGAGGUAGUAAAAGAUACAGCAGUUAGAGAUGAACCAUUUGACGGUAUAGAAUUGCAGCCCGCUGUAGAUGAACUUGCUGCUGAUAUGGAUGUUCCUUCAAGUGCGAACAAAGAAGUUUUGGCUCCAUUGCCGGCAUUGUCAAAAUGGGAAGUUGAUGAAGAUCCAGAGAAAGCAAAAGAGCCCGGAGAAAUAACGUCUGCAGAUGAAGAGAACUCUAGGAAAGUAACAUCUGAGGUUAUAAAACGUGCAGAAAAGGCGAUAUUCGCGAAGGCUAUAAACUCCUUGCGCCCAAUAGAAAUAAAAAAAAUCAGCGGUGAUCGGUUAAAACUGUACGGGGAUGAGCAACCAAAAUCCUUGGUAAAUAAUAUUCAAAUAACUGUUCCAAUUACUGAUUUGGAACGAAAGUCAGUAGAUAAUGUUGAUAAAAAAGGAAGGUAUUCUAAAACUCCACCGCCUCGCUUGUCUGUUAAAGAAAGGCUUGGUGGUAAAGUUGAGAAUUUACACAAGAGUAGGGAACCUCGUGUUGUGCAAAGUACAGUAGAACGAGUAAAAUCCCGAUCUAAAACACCCAAGAAGGAACAAAGUUCUAUGCGUCGAGUAAUUGUAGAAAAGGAUAAAAGUAGAAAGUUAGAAAAUAGGGCUGAGCAUUCAAAAGACCGUAAUAUAGAAAGACGAGUCAAGGCAGAAGUUGUGAAACUUGACGACAAUAGGCAUGAGAUUAAAAGGAAAGACAAGACCGCAAAGGAAGAGAAAAAAUCAGCUAUUGAUGACAAAACUAUUCUUCACAAAGACCAUGAUAAAACAGAAUCACAAUCAGUAAAUGAAAAGGAACGCAAGAAGUCUACUCUCGAUGAAGCACACUUUGAACCCGAUUAUGACGAAAAUGUAGAAUCUGAAAAUGAAACAAAAGAUGAAUCUGGCAAAAAACGAGAGCAUUCCCUUUCUCCUGGUCCUAAUAAUUCAAAAAAACCUAAGUUUGAAACCGAAACUAUAAAAUUAGAUCUCACAAAUGUUAAGAAAAAACCCGAAACCGAAAGCGGAUCUUCGAGUUCUGAUGAUUCGAGCUCAUCGUCUUCUUCCGAUGCUCGUAAACGCAAAAAGAAGAGAAAACGGACGAAGAAGAAGAAGAAACGCGUUGCAAGUGAAAGCGAUAGUGAUUCGGAUUCCAGUUCUGAUAAGAAGAAGAAAAAGAAACGUAAGCAUAAGAAAAAGUCAAGCAAGAAGAAGAAGAAAUCUAAAUAUAAGUAA